ACAUAGUUUUUUAAGGGAGGCUCUGCUCAGGUGAGAGUCUCUUGAGGAUUCUGAGGCAAAGCCUGCAGUUAAACAAUUACGUACUUGCCUCGCUUUGUUCCCCUACCGUAGUGAGAUUCUCUCGAGGAUUAUGAGGCAAGCGAAUUAGUAAAUGGGCAAGUAACUGCUUUUGAGGUAAAACUCUGCUCUAAUGCCCCUCGUUCAUCUCGCCCAGUUGGAAUUUUCUCCUGCCCCUCUCUGCCAGCAUCUGCGGCCCCUUCCCAGUUUGAGCCACAGUGGUGUGUUCAGUUCAGCUAAAAAUUGGAGCUGGGGAAGAAUGGCGAAGAACUUUGAAUCCAACUGAACUAUUGAAAGGAGAUUAGGACAGAGGAAGAAAUGGCAGCAAAGAAAGCCAGUUCGAGUGGCCAAGCAUGGUUCUGCACUACUGGUUUGCCUACUGAUGUUGUGAUCGAGGUUGGCGACAUGAGCUUCCAUCUACAUAAGUUUCCUUUGAUGUCCAAGAGUAGAAAGCUCCACCAAUUGAUAGCGGAUGGAGAGGAAGAUGAUGAGAUCGAAGAAGUAGAAGAAGAUUUCCAGCACAUUGCGCUACCGGACUUCCCGGGAGGCGCCGACAUAUUCGAGGCCGCCGCGAAAUUCUGCUAUGGUGUCAAGGUCGAGAUCACCGCCUGCAGCGUCGCUGCCCUGCGCUGCGCCGCUGAGUACCUCGAGAUGACGGAGGAGUUCGCGGAGGAGAACCUCGUCGCCAAGACGGAGCGAUUCCUUGACCAGUCCGUGCUCCGGAGCUCGAGAGACUCGGUGAAAGCCCUCAAGUCCUGCGAGAAUUUGCACACUAUGGCUGAAGAUCUCGGUCUCGUCCAGCGGUUCGUCGAUUCCAUUACCGCCCUCGCGUCCGCCACCGCCGACCUUAGUUCCCUCUCGGGCCGCGCCGUCGCCACCCUAUGGAACGGGAUCGAUUACGGGAUUCGGCGCAAGAACGGUGUCCGCACCCCCGCCAUCGCCUCUGCCGCAGCUGCCGACUCCUGGUUCGACGACCUAGCGACCCUCGGUCUACCUUUCUACAAGCGGGUGAUCUCCGCAAUGAAAGACAAGGAUCUAAGCGCCGAUGUGAUCGAGUGUUCUCUCAUCUCCUACGCGAAGAGGUCGAUCCCAGGGCUUUCACGUUCGAAUCGCCAUCAAACAAACGCUAACACAGCCGCCGCUACCUCCGCCUCUCACCCAAUGCCAUCAGAGACGGAGCAAAAGGAGCUCCUGGAGACCAUCAUUAACAACCUCCCCCAUUCGAACAAGAAGAUCAGCAGCUGCUCCUCCGGUCAGUUCACUACCCGCUUCCUCUUCGGCCUCCUCCGCACGGCGAACAUUCUCCGUGCGUCGGAAGAUUCCCGAACCGUUCUGGAGCGCAAGAUAGCGUCGCACCUCGAGCACGCUACGCUCGACGACCUACUGAUGCCGAGCUAUUCCUACCUGGUCGAGACGCUCUACGAUGUGGACUGCGUCGAGCGGAUCCUGAGCUACUUCCUCGAGGAACUGGAGGCCACAGCGGCAACGGCAGACUCUGCUAACGACGGGAGCGAGGAGGGAUUACAAAUGUGUAACGAUGAGAACAAGCUGCUAAUGGCAGGGAAGCUGAUGGACUUGUUCCUCUCGGAGACCGCGUCCGAUGCAAACCUGAAGCCGGACAAGUUCUGCGACCUCGCACAAGCGCUGCCGGCCAUGGCAAGGGCGUUCGACGAUGGGCUUUAUCGCUCUGUGGACGUCUACCUCAAAGCGCAUCCUCGGAUAAGCGAUGAGGAGAGGGAAAGAGUGUGCAGGGUAAUGGACUACCAGAAGUUGACGCUGGAGGCGUGCACGCAUGCGGCGCAGAACGAGCGGCUGCCUUUGCAGGCGGUGGUGCAGGUGCUCUUCUUCGAGCAGCUGCAGCUGCGGCGAGCGAUCGCGGGCACGCUGAUGGCGACGGAAGCAUCGGAGCACGAGGAAGAGAGCACGCAGGCCUCAGCGACGAACGAGAGAAGGGAGAGGGGCGCGUGGAAAGCGCCGUCGGCGAUACGGGAAAACCAGGUGCUGAGGCUGGACAUGGACAGCAUGCGGAGCCGGGUGAAAGGGCUGGAGAGCGAGUGCUCCGUGCUGCGGAAGGCAAUCGAGCGAAUGGAUCGGAGAGCGGCUGCGAGCAGCAGGGGGAUGCUGGUGCGGAGGCUUGGCUGCAAGUUCAGCACACAGGUGUGCGUUUCGCACCACCGGACGGUGGUGGCGCCGAGGAAGUCCCACAGGACGACGACAGAGAUGAAUUGACUGUGAUCCGACAGCAAUUGUACUGUGACCAUUCCUGAUCCAUAAAAAUUUUUUGGACCAGAUGAUCUUCAAUGCUUUCCUGAAAAUUCUGUAUCCCCCCACGAACGCAUUAUAAACCUCGGAGGUGUUCCUAAAUA